AUGAGCAAGAAGACGUUCAAGUUCCUACUGUGCCGAUAUCGACAUUUGUUUGAGAGGGACACAACACAUCUUCGAAAGACGAUUUCCCCCGCCAAGCGCCUUGCCAUAACACUGUAUUUUCUUGCUCACUCUGAAACAUAUUCUGAGAUCGCUGCCCUGUUCUUCAUUGGUUCGAACACUGUUGGGGAAAUUGUCCACCAGACUAUCGACUCCCUCUAUGCUGAAGUCGCGCAAGAGUCCAUCGUCUUUCCUGUUGGGCCACAACUCCUACGCACCAUGAGACGUUUCGAGGAGUUGAGCAAUCUACCAAUGUGUUGCGGUGCUGUGGAUGGGACUUUCACGCAGAUAACAAAGCCAGUUCUGUAUGGUGACCGUUAUUGGUGCUACAAGGGCUACACGUCAAUCCUUCUCCUAGCGUGUGUUGAUAGCCGUGGUCUGUUUACCUAUGUGGACAUCGGUGCGCCUGGCUCAGCGGGAGAUGCUGCUGUCUAUAACAUCAGUCAACUGAAGCGGAAUAUAGAUGACAAAAUUUGGCUCAACGCACCUGUCUGGCUUUGCCCGGAUGGAACAACCAUUCGCCCAUAUCUGGUGGGAGAUAGCGCAUUUCCACUCUCUACAACUUUGAUGCGUAUCUUCAGAGAUGAUGGCAACCUGGCACCAGAGCAAGAGUCAUUCAACUGGGCUCAGAUUCGCACUAGACGUGUAGUGGAGUGCGCGUUUGGACGAGCCAAAGAACGCUUUGCAGUUCUUUCCAAGUGCAACAGCUGUGAUCCUCAAUUUGCCAGCCGAGCUGGCAUGCUGAGUUGUGCACUCCACAACAUUAUUGAACGAAGGCAUUCAGGAUACCUGCCUUGCCUUGCAAAUUAUGCACCAUUGCCACCUGCUGAGUUGCUAUCAUCACCUGCAAUUGACAUUCGCAAUUGCUUGGCUCGCCAUGUUCACAAUGUUUGA